AUGUAUUAUGAAGAAAAUGAAACAUUCCAAGAAGCUCUCUUAAAAAGAUCAUUUGAAAUUGAAGAUGUUUUAUUAAAACAACAAAAAGAAGCUUUAGAAAAUAUUCAAGAAGCACAAAAAGUACAGAAAGAAUACCAUGACAAAAAUAUUAAACAUGAUAAAUUAAAAGUUGCAUAUACAGAGACUGAUAUUGAGCAAAAUGAUGAUAUCGAGGUUGAAAACUCUAAUGAACCAUACCAAAUAAGAGAUGAGCCAGAAGAAAGAGGAUCUGUAAAUGAAGUAUUUCUUAACAACGAUGAAGAAUCUAAUAAAGUUAUAAAAAACUGA